AAUUGUUUGUACAAGUGUAUUGAUAGAUAAAUUGAUGAGAGAGUAGUUUUAUUUAGAAGAAGAUAGAAUUUGGGGCGAUAAAUUCAACAAAAGUCAAUUACAGGCACAGAGCGUUUUCAGAGUGUGAGAUGGCAGCAGCAGCAGCGAGGGCCUGGUUUAGCAGCAGCUGCAUUCACAAUACAUAUAUAUGUAUGCAUCCACAUGACGCUCUCGUCCUCGCCGCCAACAACAAUUUUAAACUGCAAACACGACGUCGUUCCUCCACCUCAUCCAUCAAUUCCACCAACACCUUCACUUGGGAUGACGUCACCCGCAUUUCUCAGUCUCAACCUCUUAAUCUCCACGCUUUUCUCCACAAAGUCAAGCUCUGCAAUCGCGGCGCUGAGAAUAUCGAUGAUUUUAUUCCCUUUGUCAUCCAGAAUAAUGUUGUUGGUUAUGUUCACGAGGGUUUUGCAGGCCAUCUAAGGAAGUUCCCAGAUGUGUUUAUAUUCCCUGAGGAUGAUUCUCAGGCUAUCCAUUUUGGGGAUCACGUCAGGCUACACCCCGCGCUGACAACUCCUGAGGAUAGAACUUACGCUGUUGGAGAUGUAAUAGAAUGCUUAGGUGAAGAAAUGAUUCCAGGAAUACGGAAUGAGCUCUACCCAGUUAUGUCGUCUUUUGGUACACAAGCAUUUUUCUCGCUGGAACGUGCUGCAGCACCUUACUUUGGGAUAAAGGCCUAUGGAGUUCACAUGAAUGGCUUUGUUGAAAAGGAUGGGCAAAAAUAUCUGUGGAUAGGGAAGAGAGAUGAAUCCAAAUCCACUUACCCAGGAAUGCUUGAUCAUCUAGUUGCUGGAGGACUGCCUUAUGGUAUAUCAUGUGGAGACAAUAUUGUGAAGGAAUGUGAAGAGGAGGCAGGGAUAGUGAAAUCUAUUGCUAGUCAAGCAAUCCCAGUUGGAGUCGUCUCCUAUAUGGAUAUUGAUGCAUACAGAUACAAACGAGAUGUUCUGUUCUGUUAUGAUCUAAAACUUCCAGAAAGUUUUGUUCCCAAAAAUCAGGAUGGAGAGGUGGGGAGCUUCAGAUUGAUCCCUGUACAACUUGUAGCAAAUGUCAUACAGAAGACAGAGUUCUUUAAACCAAAUUGCAAUCUUGUCAUCAUUGAUUUCCUGUUUCGACAUGGGUACCUAAAACCGGAAGAUUCUGGUUACUUGGAACUCUUGCAUAGUCUGAGGAAGGUGGCUUGAUCAUAGUAUUGUGUCUUUUGUUCCUGAUUUCAGUGUUGUGGUUCCUAUAGGGUUGGUAGUCUGGUACCGCUUGGAAAUUUUGUAUAAUUAUAGAUUUUAGUAUAUAUAUUAGUUUCAGGGACACCGGUCACUCCUUUAUAUUGCAUAUCUUUGUGAGUUACUUGAUGCACUUGAUUGCAUUGACCGCAAUAAAGCAUCCCUGUGUUAUUUUA